AUGAGCGCAAUCCUCUCAGCAGACGACCUCAACGACUUCAUAAGUCCAGGCGUCGCCUGCAUCAAACCAAUCGAGACCCUCCCCUCCGCCCCUCCCCCUCCGCCAACAGACUCCUCUCUGGAGCAUGAAGUCAUCCUCGACGGCCAACCCGGCUCCAACACCGCUAGCAACGCGCCCCCAGCCGAAAUCUCCCUCACAGACUGCCUCGCCUGCUCCGGCUGCGUCACCUCCGCCGAGGCUGUCCUCGUGAGCAUGCAAUCCCACACCGAAGUCCUAAACACCCUCGACUUUGGCCCCGCGCUGCGCAUCGUCGGCCCGGACCCAUCCACGGGCCAGUUCCGCGUCGAGGGGCUCGAGGACGAGAACCGCAGGCUCUUUGUCGCCAGCGUCGCCCCGCAGACGAGGGCGAGUCUGGCCGCCGCAGCGGGGAACGGCACGACGGAGAGACAGGCUGGAUACAUGUUAGAGGCGCUGUUCGCCGGGAAAGAAGGCCUCGCGAGCGGGGGCAAGCACGGCAACGGCUUCACAUGGGUCCUGGACACCAACGUCGCGCGCGAGGCGUGUCUGGUUCUCGGCACCGACGAGGUCUUGGGCGGCGGUAGUGGCACCGAGGGCGCACUGUCAUCGUCGGCGCCCGCGACAAAGCCCAUCCUCACGUCCUCGUGUCCCGGUUGGGUGUGCUACGCCGAAAAGACGCACCCCUACGUCCUCCCGCACCUGUCGCGCGUAAAGUCGCCUCAGGCGCUGAUGGGCACGCUGAUCAAGACCACGCUGAGCAAAAGACUUGGGAUCCCGCCAAGCAGGAUCUGGCACCUGGCCGUCAUGCCGUGCUUCGACAAGAAGCUCGAGGCCAGCCGCGAAGAGCUCACUGAUUCGGUGUGGGGACCCGGCGGAGACGGAAUGCCGGGGAGGGGCGUCCGCGACGUCGACUGCGUCAUCACGAGCAAGGAGGUCCUCAUGGUGGCCGAGUCAAGGGGGCUCAAUUUCUUUAAUCUACCACGGAGCAAACCCGUUUUCCAACGCACCUCCUUCCCAGACGCGAGGCUCGAAAAAUUCCUUUUCCCGGCCCAUGGGGCGCACCGCUCGUCUGUAGCCGCGGGCUCAUCCGGCGGCAACCUUUACUUCGUCCUCCAGACCGUGGCCUCCAAACACCCUAAUUCCCAGAUCCAAAUUGUGCGCGGACGCAACGCCGAUGUCGUGGAGUUCGUCGUCGCUUCCGCCACGGGAGACCCGAUAUUCAAGGCCGCGAGGUACUACGGCUUCCGCAACAUCCAAAAUCUGGUCCGCAAGCUGAAGCCGGCGCGACCAUCCCGUAUGCCCGGCGGCAAGGCGUUUGGAGCCGCCAGGAGACCCACCGGCAAGUCCGCCGGACUCGAGUACGCCUACGUUGAGGUCAUGGCCUGCCCCGGCGGCUGCACCAACGGCGGCGGGCAGAUCAAAGUUGACGACCCCGUCAUCGUCGAUCGCAAGGGCUACGAGACCAAGCCAGGUCCUCUCGAGCAGAAGGACUUUUUGGCCGAGGUCGACGAGGCCUACUUUUCAGCAGAGGACUCUGACGGCGAGGACAGUGUAGCAGAUCAAAGUGGCGACCUGCGAGCGGAUGUCGUCGAUGGAAUUUCGCCUUCUUACAUUCGAGAUACCCUGGCGCAUUGGGCGGAAAGUACUGGCAUAGACUUGGGGAGACUGGCCCUCACCACGUAUCGCGAGGUAGUCAGCGACGUGGGCAAGGACAAGGCUAGCGACACGGAGCGCGUCGUUCAGCUGGCGGGCAAGAUUGGCGGAGGCUGGUAG